CUGACCAACACUCCCAGCCACAAGGAUGGAGUGGACGAGCGGACAGAAAUUUUGCUGAGGCUUUACGGAUGCGAGCUCAUUCAAGAAGCCGGCAUCCUUCUCAAAAUGCAUCAGACGGCAAUCGUGACGGGCCAGAUUAUUUUCCAUCGAUUCUUCUUUCGGGAGUCGAUGGUGAAAUGCGAUGUGCGUUCAGUCGCAAAGGCUGCACUGUUCCUGGGGUCCAAGAUCGAAGAGCAGCCCAGGAAGACCCAGGACAUCUUGAAUGUCUUUCAUGCAAGCGCCAUGAAUCAUUUGGGCAAGCGUAUUGAGCCGUUGGCUACUGGGACAACAAGAUUUGUCAGCCUGAGGGAGGAGCUUUUCAAUGCCGAAUCGGCUAUCCUGAGAGAACUCGGAUUUAUCAUCCAUGCCGAACAUGCGCACAAGUUCGUGUUGUACUACAUCAGGGUUCUGUUUGGACAGAUUCCGCCCCAAUACCCCGAGCUCCCACAGAGAUCUUGGAACUAUGCCAAUGAUGCCUACCGGUCAAUCAUUUGCUUGAAAUAUCCUGCAUAUGUGCUUGCUUGUGGGGCCAUUUUCCUCGCAAGCAGGGAUCUGGGGAUAAAUUUGCCUGAGGAUCCGCCUUGGUGGAAUCUUUUUGACGCAGAGAAGGAGCAGGUAGAGAGCAUA